UUUCAGACUGCGCAUGCGCAGGAUCGUUGCACGUGUUCGGAGAAAAAAAGGUGCUGCGAUCAGCUGAUCAGCUGGAUUUGUCGCGAUCCCGAUCGAUUUUGGAGAAUUGAAGAGAUUUUUUUUUUUAAAUAAAGUUAAAAUUGUUCUGCACAGCAACGAGAUUCCUGCAGUAAUCGAUCACGAUGGUGCGAAAACUGAAGUAUCACGAGCAGAAGCUGCUGAAGAAGGUGGACUUCAUGUCGUGGCAGGCCGACAACAAUCUCCACGAGGUUAAGAUCUUGAAACGUUAUUGCAUUCAGAGAAGAUCGGACUACACGGUAUACAACAAACUGUCACGCGACAUACGGGAGUUGGGUAGGAAGAUUAAGGAAAUCGAGCCUGACCAUCCCUUUCGUAUCGAGCAGAGUGCUGCCUUGCUGGAGAAGCUGUACAUGAUGGGCCUGAUCUCCACGAAGUGGGACCUGUCGCAGACUCAGAAGGUAACCGCCAGUUGCUUCUGCAGACGGAGACUCCCGGUUGUUAUGGUGCGCAACAAGAUGAGCCAGACGAUAAUGAUGGCGACAAAAUUGAUAGAGCAGGGCCAUGUCCGAGUCGGAGUAGAAGUCGUAAAAGACCCCGCGUUUUUGGUAACAAGGAAUUUAGAGGACUUUGUAACGUGGGUAGACACAUCUGCUAUUAAGAAACACGUAUUGGAAUACAAGAACGAGAGAGAUGAUUUUGAUAUAGUGUAAUCUAGAUUCACUGAAUACUUUUACUCGUAAAACUAUGUUUUUUUUUUAUAAAAGAAAUAUUUAUUUAUGCAACAAUGUAUAUAUAAAGAUCUGCAUUAAUGAAGAAAUUAAUUCUACGUUUACUCUGUAUUUUUUAUUUGUAAUAUUAAAUGUGUCUUGAGGAAAAUUACUUUCAGCAUAGCACCAUCUUUGUCCGUAAAAGGGUUUUACCUCGAAAUGAAGUACGCAUAGAUUCGUUGUAAUAAAAGAAAAUUUAUUAAAAGUCGGAUUAGUUCGUC